UUCUCUCACUCUAUACUCCCCGUUUCGCUCCGAUGGAAGAUCUAUCGUGCUUGGCUGGUUCCCUCUUCAUCUCUUCCACCGUCUUCCUUGUCAUCGAGAAAUACCGCUUCUCCUAAGGAAUAAUCUUGGAAAAAACUAAGUGGAUCUGGAGCUGAAGAAGAAAUCUACCUGUGCUGUAUACCUUUUUUCAGGAUUUUUAGUUGCAUCUUCCUAAUAUUCACUUGUGUCGGUUGAACGAUGAAGGGCUCAACGUCUAGACUUCAUGAAGUGCAGCCCACACGGAGAUCUGCCAGACUCAAAUCCUUACAACAAGUAUAUGAAUCAGAUGUUAAACUAGUGGAUGGAUCUUCAGAAAUCCAGAAAUACGAUAACAACGCUGAUUCUGGCCUUAGAAAACCGAUAAAGACUGAGAUGAUGGAAACAGAAGACGAAACUUUUUUAUGCAAACCACGUGAACAAGUUGAAUCUUAUACUUCAGGUACCUCAGAUGAUCAAAUUGACAUUCCUCUGAAGGUUCUACGUAAAAGGUGUAGAAAGAAGACACAGAAUUUCCUAAAAGGUGUCUCUGAUGUUAAAGUAAAGCAAGAAGAACCUGAUCUUGAGGAACCUAUUAUCAACUUAAAGCGAAGGAAUUUGAAAGGAUCUAUUGGCCACAAUAAGCGAAGAAAAUCUGCAUUUAUAUCUUUAGAUCCUUUGGUUUCUACAUCUUCAUCAUGUCAACUAGCAGAUACCGAGCAAGGGUGUUUACUUGCAAUAAAAGACAACACAUCAACCGAAAUGAAAGUUUCAGAGGACACUACACAUGUAGACUCAAAUUCUACAGGAGGAACCCACUUUUUGGAAGAUGGUGCAGCCCUUGUUCUAAAGGGAGAUCCUAUUUGUGCUGACGUUCAUAAAACAUUUUGUCAUGCUAAAACUGACAUCGUGGAAAGUUCAUUGAAUUAUCAAACUGAAGCUAAUCAUGUUGUCUCCGCUACCUCAAUGAUUGGUUUGCUUCAGAAACACAAUCAAAUUAGUUCAACUAACCUCUCUAUGGAUGAAUGUCAUAAAGCCUCUUCUAACAUUCAUGUCGACUCUCCUAUCUACAAUAUUGUUGUUAUAAAAAAUCAUGACCUUCCUGAAGAAUUUUUUAAUAGUCCUCUUGUUAGACCUGAUGAAGACGUUUUUGAAGAUAAGCAGCUUCCUCCAAUGCCUAAUAAAUUUGAAAUAUAUCAAGCUGAUGGAGAAUCCAGAGAAGAUACUGAACCUGAAAAUAAUAGGAAUAUUCAUGACAUUGGCAAAGAACAUAUUAGUCUGGAGAGGGACAAUAGUUCACUGCCAAACCAGAACAAUAUUCCAUCAGUUUCAGAAGCGAUGAGAGCUUCUCCUGAUAGUUGCAAUGAGGAGGUUGUCUCUACUACGAUGGAGACUAAUCUUACAAACAGAAGCAAAAAUGAGACUCAAAGGACAUUUUUACUGGAUGAAGUUACUCGUGGGAUUGAAGUGGAAGAGAGUAAUCAUCCUAGUAUACCGAUAUGCUUUCAGGUGAAAGAUGUAACUAACACUCAUAACCUACAGUGCAAGGAAGUAUAUGGGUUGGCAGAAAUAUUUUUGCAGGGGAAUGAAAAUUCAUGUUGUGAGUUAAUUAAUGAUGCAUCAACAAAUUCACUUGAAUCUGUACCAUCCUCCCAGAUGUGCUUCAGUGCAAUGAGUGAGUCCUGUAGUUCUGUUGAAAGCUCAAGCAAGGUGGAAUCUUUCUGUAAAGUGGAAAACAAUUUGACAGAGCAAGCAGAUAAAGGAACCAAUUCCUCAUCUCGAAUCUGUAAUUCAACUAAUUCAGAUGGGUUGGCUGAACCUAAUGCACAAUCUUCUACAGCAGCUCCUCUGUUUGCUAAUGCAAGCGGAAUUCCGCAAUACACCAAUGAUACUUCAGUGAAGGAUACAGAAAACUCAAAUUAUGUAGUGGGAGAAAAGUUGGAUGCCAAUUCAAAUCUGCAAACUAUGAGUUCAAUAUCUAUUGUGGUUGAAACAAGGAAUGAACAACCUAAAUGUGAUGAAGAGAUGUUGGAAGAUCAUAGUCCAAUAAAGCUACUAUCAUAUAGGAAGCAGACAAUUUCUCCCACCUCUCAGGAAAAGCUUUGUCAGGCGUUGAGUGAUAUUGGAUUGCAAGAUGACAGUCAAUUAACUGAUUCCCCUGAAAAAAGGAAGAGUCUGUUAUUAGACAAAUUGCUCAAUGUAAAGAAACCCUCAUGCAUUCCAAGUAAGAAGGAAUCUGAAUUGCUUAUGCACCAUGAUCAUGCGAAUAAGAAGCCUUGGGAUCAUUCAAAUGUCACUCCAGUUGGGAAAACAACUCUCAAGUUCCAGGAAAUUUCUGGAAAGAUGCCUUCAACAACUGACAUGGAUAUGGAGAAAAUCAUUGAAUUUUCAGAGCGGCAAAUGCACGACAUAGAAAGAAUUGCUACACAGCUCUUGAAGAAAUUGAAUACCAUGAAGACCAUUGCAGAAACAACUGUCACUUCACAAGCACAAUCUUUCCUAAAUGCAUCAUUUGCUACUGAGGAGAUAAAGGCAGCUACUGAAGAUGCUUCUGAACUUGAAAAGACCACUAAGAAAUGGUUGUCUAUAAUGAAAAAGGACUGCAUUCGUUUCUGUAAAAUAAUAAGGUCAACAGACAACAAAUCAACUUUUCCAUCCAACGGUACUCAAAAGAAGAGGAGAAUAACAUUUGCCGACGAAGUUGGUGGCAAGCUAUGCCAUGUCAAAGUUUUCGAGCAGCAGCCACCACCCUCAUUCACCUUACCCGAGCAGGCUGAUUAGUAGCAAACUGAAAGCCCCCAAAGGCAAUAAACUGCCAUACCUCAGAAGAACAACCAUUCAAUCCAUGCCGAGGUUCAUGCAUGAUGCUGGUCUAUGGGAGGUUCAUGCAUGAUGCUGGUCUAUGGGAGGUUCAUGCAUGAUGCUGGUCUAUAGGACUGCAACAGUGGCUCUUCUACCCUGAUCCUCGUAUAGACUACCAAUACUUGACAAUUCUCCUCCGGAAUUGUCUAGAUGCCAAAGGAACUUUGUGAAAGUAACUUGUGCUUUGCAGAAAUUGAUACUAUGCCUGAUGAGGGCAAUUUUGAAAUGAGCUGGUCCUCUUGUUGACUUUCACAUUGUUACACAUGAUUUGAUAAGAUGUUUGCAAUUACAUA